CCCUUCGACGAGACAAAACUCGAGGCGUGAACGUGGCAGCCAUUUUACAUCAUCAAGAGUGAAUGACUGAAGCCGGAUCAGUGCCGGGAGUUUUACACUUUUUCUGUCUUUUAAAUAUCACAUUUAUCUUCCUAAAUAAUCAACACCAUACACGUUGGUGAUCCAGCGGCAGGUAGGGCGAAUGCUACUAUUUGGUCACGUUAUUGUUGCUUAAUUUAUUGCUAAAAAGUCUGAAUCGUGCUGUGCUGUUUCAAACAAUGUGGAAACUGGUGUUGGUUGGGAACGACUUCCCCAGACCGGCUUUUUGAAAAUGGACUCUUCCUAUAUGGCGGCACGUUGGCAAACCAGGCAUCUAGUACUCUAGACCUCUAGGCCUCGGUGAAUCUAAUUACUCAUAAAAGCUACACUUUCGUCAAUUGUUGAAGUCCUUACUUGCAAAUAUCGUAACAAUGGCCUCACUGAAAUUCCGUUCGAAUUAGCAUGCUAGCUUAAGCUAGCCUAUUUUGACAGAUCAUAGAAUUGACAUGCUCAUUGUCAUCGUGUGCUAACAGCAGCUAGCUGGUUAAAGCCUGUUAUCUUAGCACGAAAUGGCUUUCCCGCGUAACCACUGUAUCAACGGACGAACCACGUCCCUACUGUUUUACGACAGUUAAUGCAGACGCACUCAUAGAAAAUGCAUAUUAGCGCGUCAUGUUAUUGUGACGGUUCAUGGUGAACUCGAUAGCUCUAACGUUAGCUGUGCCAACUAGCCCGCUAGCUAGGUAGCUAGCUAGCCAGCCUCAACGUGUGCGAGCCAGUCCCCGCUAACGUUAAAUCUAACGUUACCACACACAUCUUUUGAAAAUAGUUUAUUCUGUUUUUUUAACGGUUCAAAUUAAAAACCCAAGAUUAAUUUGCACGAUACGGUCACGUUAGUUACUUUCAACGUUACAGUAAUGUUUUUAACCACUGAAAGCACGUGCUUGGCGAUAUUAGAUUGAUUAGCAGACGCUGCAAUGUGUCGGUUGUGUGGUAUAUUUAAGCCCAUAUUGGUUAAAGGGUAAUGUUAGCUAAGUUAUUGAGAGGCCGAAGCAGAAGAUUGCUGUCCACGUUUUGCUCAGUCCAGCGUUGGCGGAUAUAGUAGUAGCUCUCAGAGAGCGGUUUGAUUGUUGUUUGCCUCAGUAUCUGUCGACUCAAAACAAACACAAUUAUUUUUGAUUUAACUUAGUGUCACAAUAUGUGCUGCCAAAGUGUCAAGAAACAUAAAUGCUAAAGGGUGCAUACUUGGUCAGCUACCGGAAACUGGGUCUCACUCUCUGAUGGAACACGUGUAUCAGCUAUCUAGCCUGUGCUGAAGUCAGCAGUGAGAAGGUAAGUUAACAUGUAAUUUAGAGCCCAAAGCAGACAAGGCGUCUGCACCAGCAGUGACCAAGAGGACUGUGAUACAGCCCUUAACAAGUGAACUUGGCACCAUUUGCACAAACUUCUUAACCCAGAAUAAAUCGGAAUGAAAAAAAAAAAACUGCCACAUGGGCACAAACUCAGUCGUUAAACCGUUUUUACAAGAUGUCAUUGAAUAGAUUUGUGUGGGAAUUUUCGGUAUGUGGAUUGUCUGUCUUGCUUGCAAUGUUCAAAGAUCUGUCAACUGCCUAUACAGGUUUCUGGGCUUCUACCUCAUGCAAGCUGCAAGUCUUAUGUCAGGAUAGUGAAAAGUCUACCGACUGUACAGGACCACGCGACUAUAAUAACUUGUUUUGUACACAGCGACACCCCUGUUUAUUGAUAGUUUGUGCUUAUUAAUACAAAAGACACUCUGUAUCCAAGAUCAGAAAUGGUAAAAACGUUAUUUUUCCUGACAAGUUUGAGACUUUGCACUCUCCUGAACACAUCCCAAGUCUUGCCCUUGACCCAGGAUUAAUUUGGCUCAUUGCAUUUACACAGAUUUCUGGAGACAUGGCCACAGAACAUAUUAAUGGAAAUGGUCCAGAAGAACCAAUGGACACCUCUGCUGCAGUUACCCAUUCUGAGCACUUCCAGACUUUAUUAGAAGCUGGUUUACCACAGAAAGUUGCUGAAAAACUAGAUGAAAUUUACAUAGCAGGUUUGGUGUCACAUAGUGACUUAGAUGAUCGAGCAAUUGAGGCUCUGAAAGAAUUCAACGAGGAAGGUGCUCUGCAAGUCCUUUUGCAAUUUAAGGACAGCGACCUCUCACAUGUUCAGAACAAAAGUGCCUUUCUUUGUGGCGUGAUGAAGACGUACAGACAGAGAGAGAAACAAGGGACCAAAGUGUCAGACACCAAUAAAGGACCAGAUGAAGCCAAAAUCAAAGCUUUGCUGGAGAGGACUGGCUACACGCUUGAUGUAACAACAGGCCAGAGGAAGUAUGGAGGGCCCCCACCAGAGUCUGCUCACUCAGGGGCCCAGCCCACCAUCGGUACAGAGAUAUUUGUAGGCAAAAUCCCCAGAGACCUCUUUGAGGACGAGCUGGUUCCGCUGUUUGAGAAAGCCGGCCCCGUCUGGGAUCUGCGCCUGAUGAUGGAUCCUCUCAGUGGCCUGAACAGAGGAUAUGCCUUUGUCACUUUCUGCACUAAAGACGCUGCACAGCAGGCGGUCAAAUUGUGCAACAACAAUGAAAUUCGACCGGGUAAACACAUCGGCGUGUGCAUCUCUGUGGCCAAUAAUAGACUGUUUGUUGGCUCGAUCCCCAAGAGUAAAACAAAAGAGCAGAUUGUUGAAGAAUUUGCAAAAGUCACAGAGGGUCUAAAUGAUGUCAUAUUGUACCACCAGCCAGACGACAAGAAGAAGAAUCGGGGCUUUUGCUUCCUCGAGUAUGAAGACCACAAGACGGCAGCUCAGGCCCGCCGCCGACUGAUGAGCGGAAAGGUGAAGGUGUGGGGAAACGUGGUCACCGUGGAGUGGGCUGACCCAAUCGAGGACCCAGACCCCGAGGUCAUGGCCAAGGUCAAGGUGCUGUUUGUGAGGAACUUGGCAAGCACCGUUACAGAAGAGAUACUUGAAAAGUCCUUCAGUCAGUUUGGCAAGCUGGAGCGGGUGAAAAAAUUGAAAGACUAUGCCUUCAUCCACUUUGAGGAAAGAGAUGGUGCUGUGAAGGCUUUGGCUGAUCUCAACGGCAAAGACCUCGAGGGAGAGCACAUUGAAAUAGUCUUCGCCAAGCCCCCCGACCAGAAGAGGAAAGAGCGCAAAGCCCAGAGACAAGCUGCUAAAACACACAUGUAUGAUGAAUACUAUUAUUACGGGCCUCCCCACAUGCCCCCACCCACGAGAGGCAGAGGCCGAGGCGGGAGGGGAGGCUAUUCUUACCCCCCCGACUAUUAUGGCUAUGAAGACUAUUACGAUUACUAUGGAUACGACUACCACAACUACCGGGGUGGUUACGAUGACCCGUACUACGGGUAUGAUGACUUCCAGGUGUCUGGGAGAGUACGAGGAGCUAGGGGAGGAGUCCGUGGUGGUGCCAGUCAGACCAGGGGCCGCGGUGGCGUCUCACCGAGGGGCCGAGUGGGCUUCUCCCAGCGAGGAGCCCCUGGAACAAGCAGAGCAGGGAAACGGGGCCGAGGGCGUUCCUGACCUGUCACCGUUGCUACUGACUUGAUGUGUGGGCUUACACCGUUGGCUGCAAUGGAUGUUGACACAAGAAAAGAGCACGGCAAAAAGGUCCAAUGAUAUUCCAGCCUUACAGAAGAAGCAUCUCCCCUCCCCCAUGUUUUUUUUAUUUUCAUUUGUUUCUAAACUGCCACCUUAAAAAGAUGACUGGGGGAUUCUAAAUACUCUCCACAACCUCUUUGCCCCAAGCCCUUGUACCCAGCCCUAGUUUACAGGGCACUAUGUAUUGCCCUUACAAUCUACCCCCUUCCCUGUCCCUGAACAUGCCAUUUUUAAAUAAUUAUUGAAGAAAUUGCACUUUUUUAAGUUCUUGGGUUUGAAGUGGCUCAAAGGAGCUUGAUGCUAUUGUAUAUUUUUGUGCUAAUCGCAAUUUUUACUGUCGGAAUAUCCAUGUUCUUAAUCGUUUGAUCUGGAUGUUUGACAGAGAACAUUUGCAGGUUUUUAGGGUGUACCCACCUGGCAUGGAUAAGUCAGGCAUUCCAGGAAAGUGGUUCUUUUCAGAACUUGUCUUUAAAGGGUUGGUUGACUACCUCAGUACAGAGGACUAAACUACCCGGCCUGUACUGUAAAUAGGGAAACUAUAUUGAUGAAAGCAGGGCUUGUUUUCAUACAAAAUAUGCACAAGAGCUGGAGCGCAAAAACAAUGUACUUAAUGUAAUAUAGUCAUUUUAGCUGCAGCUCUGACACUGCAAACAGUCAAACUGGGCAUGCAAAACAAUCUCAUGUGAUGAGUCUGAACAAGCCCUGCUUUUAUCCUAUUUUGAACUGAAUUAGCCGCCUUGCUUCUUCAGAGUAUGUAGUUACUGGUUGUAUAGUUUUUCGGAUAAAAUGUUACUUUUGUAAAGGCUUCAACAUCACAGGCAUCCAACUGCCUUUGAUUUAAAAAACAAAAAAAAAAAAAAAAAAAUUAAUACAAAAAUAAAGCCCUGCAGUGUCCCUUUUGUGCCACUGUAUUAUUCCAGUGGGUUGGUUUUAUAUUGAUGCCAAUGGAUUUUCAAACGACGUCAAAAUCAUGUAAAACAACCUAAUCCAGUUUGUCAUCAUAUAAGAUCAUGUUAAUCUUGAAUGAUCCCUUUCCAGCUCCAAGACAGGAACUUUGUAAAAGAUAUUUCGGGUUAACCUUGAUGGAUGACUGAAUUGCCAUAUUGCCCCGUCAGUGAGCAUGUGUGCCUGUCGUAGGCUGGUGAGGGAUCAUAGACACACAGUGGUAGAAGGGAUACUGCAGUGAAGGAUUUCUACUUCCCGGGUAUAGCAAAAAGGAAACUGCUCUUCAAUCCCAGUUUUCUACAGUUAACUCCCUCAAUAAAAUCAUAACAACCACCUUUUGAAAAAAAAAGAUGUUAGCAGUUUUAAACUAUUGUUGGUGGCCAACAACGUUUUUUGCAUUCCUGCAAAUAAAUUGUUUUAUACUGUAAAAUGGAGGUGAGUGUAACUUAUUUUUGUAAUAAAGUUUUUGAUUUCUA